ACAUUUUAUUCAUCCAGAAGACAUCAUGAUAGUUUUUCAUAAACCAUGUGACCUAAUUUAGUUUUAUUCGCUCUUAAAGAUAGAUGAUUGGGCAAAGUCCAGUGUCUGGUCCAGCCAUAUAGUCAAAUAAGAAAUUGAGAUAAUUGCCUCUGGAGUGUUUUGGCAGUCUAAGGUCUGAGGUAUUUUUCAUGCACGCACACGUGACAGGAUUAAAGGCCUGCAGAGGACUGCAGCUGGGUUCACAGCUUGGUCAGUGCACUUUGAACAACGGCGCUGAGACGGUGAACUGAACAUGCCCCCUGCUGCAGCAACUAAUCUAGCCCACAAGCCACCAGACGGCGGCUGGGGCUGGGCUGUCGUCGUCGCUGCUUUCAUCUCCAUAGGAUUCUCUUAUGCGUUUCCCAAGUCCCUCACCAUCUAUUUCAAGGAGAUUCAGGAAUAUUUCUCCGUUUCCUACAGCGAGAUUGCUUGGCUGUCCUCAGUCAUGCUGGCGUCUAUGUAUGCAGGAGGUCCUGUCAGCAGCAUACUUGUAAACCGCUAUGGCAGCAGACCAGUGGUGAUGCUUGGUGGGCUCAUGGUGAGUGCUGCCAUGGUGCUUUCUUCUUUUGGCACCACUAUCAUUCAUCUGUACCUCUGUGUGGGAGUAAUUGGAGGUUUUGGUCUUGCCUUCAACCUUCAGCCAGCGCUGACGAUCAUCGGCACUUACUUCCAGGCCAAACGGCCUCUGGCUAAUGGUCUCGCCAUGACAGGAAGCCCAGUUUUUCUUUCCAUCCUGGCUCCUCUCAACCAGUUCCUGUUUGAUUCUUAUGGCUGGAGGGGGAGUUUCCUCAUUCUGGGAUCUGUUGUGUUCAACUGCUGUGUAGCUGGAGCUCUGAUGAGGCCUGUCAGCAACCAGAAGCCUAAAGGCUGUUUACCACCGAGCAAUGAAGCAGUGGAUCAAGGCGCCGUUGCAGACGCCGGCCCGCAGACAGCCGACUCCGACCCUGAAGAAGGUCAACAUGAAGGGAAAGGUCAGACACAGAAUUCCAAACUGGUAGACCUCACUCUUUUCAAGCACAGAGGAUUUUUGAUUUAUCUCGUCGGCAACGUGGUCAUGUUCUUUGGCUUUUUUGCACCUGUGGUUUUUCUGGCUCCGUACGCCAAACACCAAGGGAUCGAUGAAUAUUCUGCAGCCUUCUUACUCACCAUCUUCGCUCUGGUAGACAUGUUCAUCAGACCAUUCACUGGUUUCCUCGGCAAUACUAGGAGGAUCCGACCAAAAAUACAAUAUUUUUUCAGUUUUGCUGUUUCCUACAACGGUAUUUGCCACCUGCUGUUCCCACUGGCGUCUGGAUACCAGGGGCUGGUUGUGUAUGCGGUUUUCUUUGGCGUGGGAUUUGGGAUGGUCUCAGCACUGCUGUUUGAAGUUCUGAUGGACUUAGUCGGAGCGCCUCGCUUCUCCAGUGCAGUCGGUCUGGUCACCAUCAUUGAGUGUGGACCAGUGCUUCUUGGGCCCCCGAUCUCAGGAGCUCUGGUUGAUACUUUUGGCGAGUACAAAUACUUGUACUCUACAUGUGGUGUGUUGAUGCUCACACCUGGCAUUUUUUUCUUCGUCAUGCAUUACUUCAACUAUAAGAAACUGGAAGACGAGCAAAAGCAGAAGGCUGCAGGGGAGAUGAGAAGACCUGAAGAGACUGUGGAGCUUAAAUCCAACAAUGAAGCGAAUAAAUGAAUCUACUGGUUGUAGUUUCCUUUUAGUAAGGUAGGGGUGUAAGGAUUAAUUGAGUUAAUCAAUUCCUAUGAUCCAACCAGAGUGAUCUGUCCAAGGCAAACUGUUAAUUGGAUCAACCUAUUCUAACAUAGUUUCAAAAUUAAAUAUAUCAAUUAGAUAAAUAUUGGACAAUGCCAUUUAAAUGGACGCAUGGUAGGUUUAUUUUACUUUAAUGUACAGAAGACUAAUUACCAUCACAGAGGACAACACACUUGUGAUGGCGGCAAAAAAUGAUCAAUCCAUCAUUUCAGUCCAACAUGUGGAAACACUUUGAAUUUGAAUUUACACUUGAUUAACCUGCAAGAAAAUCAAAGAAUCUGGAAAACUUCACCUCCACUGUUCAGUACCAGGUAUUUAUCUCUGAUCUGACAGCCAAAACUGGUUGAGGUUUUGGCUGAAGAUGUCCUAGAUCGGUUUUAGGUCAGUCAAUUGAAUUAGAAUGAAUCAAUAUUGAUUAUGAAUCGUAUCAACCACAAAUUAUUAAAUGAAUCGUUGUUAAAAUCAAUCGUGACGCCCCUAUAAUAAGCAGUAAAACUUGGCACUUCUCUGCCUUUACAUAAAAUAGCAGCUAUUAAUAAUUGCAAAAAAUGUGAAUCUUGAAUUAUGUUUAUGGAUUAUUUUACAUUUAACUUUUUUUUUACUUUAUGUACAUUUAGAAUAUUCUUAAUUGUUUUUAUUUUUAAGCUUAUUUUAUCAUUAGAACAGUAAAACUGACAUGUGUUAUUUUUUUUUUCUAAUAAAAAUUUACAAGAAGUCA